AUGGACUUUCGCUCGAAGCCAGCAGAGAAAGCAGUGCCAUCUGGCUUUCCACAAGGCAGAUUGCUUCAUGCGCUCCCAGCAACGGCCACACAUUCAUAUAAAGCAAGGGAUUCACUGGAGCUGACUCUCACUCGCAAUCAGAGUUUACGCAUUCUUGAGGCCAAGGGCGAUUGGUGGUAUAUUGCACGCACAACGGCCGGCGACGAAGGAUGGGUUCCCAGCUCGUACAUCAAACUCCUCGCAACACCGCAGUCGCUCGAAACACACACGUUCUAUCUUGCUUGGUCGCAAAGCGUUGCAGAAGCCAUUCUCGGCGGCUCAAAGAGCUCUAAGGGACAUCGACUGGACGCUUGCUCGUUCCCUUGGCUCCCCCCGGAAAUAUGCACAUGUGAAGAGCCGAGCUGUCGUCUCCGCAAGCAGGAGCAGAGACCGGGAGCUUGCGCCCACGAUGUGGAGAGUCUGAUGAAGGGCGUCGGCGGAACGAGAUAUGGUGCGGGGUGGUUGUGGAGGCAGAGCCUGAUGUGGCAUCCUGACAGGUUUAUCAAAAAGUUCAGCGACGAAUUCGUAGUCGAUGGAAUGAGAGCCGUGGCGGAGAUGUUUACGAUUUUGACGGAGUUGAGUCUACAGGAAAGGGAGAGGGAGAGGAAGGAAAAGGAGAAGGUGGAGUUGGGAAUUUGA